AUGAGCGACAUCAUCGCCCGAACGCCUUCAGCCCUUGGCUGCCCCGAAAUGCUGUCCUCCUCCCCUUCCACCUCUUCUGAGAACAUCGACGUCGUCGGGAAUUCCCCUGACGACACCUCGCCACAACACCAAUCUGUGCAGACGCGGCCUGUAGACCGAGGCGUUCACCAUAACGCCGUCGCGUUCAAGAAUCUUCUACGGGCUGAGGAACACUUGGGCAUCAACUCGCACUAUUUCGAGGCAAUCCAAACUGAUCUCACCGAGCGGGCCCGGCAAACGGCCAUCGACUGGCUGAGCGACGUCAGCAAGGAUAGCCACGCCGAUGCUGGUGUUCUUCCCCUGUCCACCCUGAUUUUUGAUCGUUUCCUGUCGUGCCAGGGGAUCUACAAAAAGGACCUGCAGGGCCUCGCGGCUACUUGCUAUUUUUUGGUCAGCAAGAUUAAGGAAUCCACCCCAAUCUCUGCCCGCAAGAUGAGCAGCUACACGGCCGAUACCGUGUCCGUUGGGCAAAUUUUGAGCUGGGAAAUGCUGAUCUGCCAGCAGCUGGGCUGGGAUUUGGCCCUGCCGACAGCGGUCGACUUCUACGAUCAUGUGUGUGCCCUCUAUCCUUCUCUUGGCGCAUUGAGGGAUGUCUUCAUCGAGACCGUCCACAAACUCCAGCAAUGUGAGUUUUUAUGC